ACAAAUGGACCACCCAGAACAAAUAUUCCCAUUUCUUCAUCAGCAAGUAACGAGAAUUUGUCAGUUGAUCCAGAUGAAGCAAUAAGAAAAAGACUUGCAGAGCUAAGGACAGACAGUGCUGCUUCUGAAGGUACUCUCACUAAUGAGACUCAGGUAUCAAAAUUCCUGAAUUUUGAUAGACUUUUGUCUAAUAUUAUUUAAAUCCGGUGGACCAAUAAUAGUAACAUUCUACCAUGCCUUCAAGUUUGUUUUCAACAGAAUUAUUAAAUGAUACUUUAUUAUAAUAUUGUUUUUUCUUAUUUUGUUUUUUUUAUGAGGCAUUUCUUAACUACACCUUCCAAAAUCCCCUUUAUAAAUUAUGUUUUACAGACAAUUCUCCUGCAUCAAAAGUCACAGAUGAAGAUAUAGGACAAAGGUUUGAGAAUCUCACGGGAAGAAAAGCAACAUCAAUGCAGAAUUCAGAUGUAAUUAUCAGCUGUUAAAAAAAGGAAGAUUAGUUAACUUUGUUUGGUACUGAUCGUACCAUACUUAAAGCUUUUUUUGUUUGUUUGUCUGUAGAUCAAUGCUCCUAAACCAAAAAAAUCUGAAGCAGAGGAGAUUGAUGACUUAAUGAAGCAAAUGGUAGCAGAAACAAGGCUUGAUGAGGAUCAUGACAAAAGCACAACUAGAAUUACAGACAAAGAAAUUGAAGAAAGACUUGCAAAACUAAAAGACUUGGACCCAAGUGAGGGGAAAAUAUUUUAGCUUUAAUUCUUUUAUAUUCUACAGACAUUGUUAGACAGAACACAUUUUAGUAAAACGGCAUGUCAGUACCCUUCUUUUGUCUAAUCUGCACUUUUGAGAGUUUUCUGUUUGUUGAUUGAGCUGUUUAUUGUGUUUUCAACUGUGGAUGUUUUCUUAACAUAUUAGGUCUUACAAAUCAACCAAAAGGGAGGGAGUUUGACAGUGAUGAAGAUGAUGAAACAGCAAGUCAACGAUACCUUAAACAGGUACCUCUUCUUAGAAGUCUGGUCAUCAACAAAAUGACACUUUAUUGUCAGUGAUUUGUUUUUGUGAUGCUCUUGUUAUCUGUACAUUAAGUGGUUGUAAUCAGAAAAUUGUUAAAUUUGUAAAAACACACACUGUUUGAAACCUUGUAAAUGUGACUGCUGGUCAGAUAUUUAUCGGGAAUAUAGCUGGUCGAGGUGAAUGAUGGUUUUUUUUUCCUUCACCAUGAAAAUACACAGAUCAGGUUAAGCAACUGCUAAAUAACAUUGAUGUGAUUUUUUUUUCUUAAGAUUUUAGGAGAAGUAGCAUUGGAGUUAAAAACUGAUGACAUUGGUGAGUGAAUAAAGUGAUGUCUACUGUUGUUGAAGUGGGUAUACGCAGGCGCCAAUGUGCGUUCAAGUUUAGAAGAGAUCAGCAUUCAUUAGAGAUCUCCUAGGAGGGGAGGGGGGCUGGAGACAUACAUCCUCUAAACAUUUUGAAAAAUGAAGUCUUUUAGCUGAAAAUUUUUCCAAAUUAUUUUGCCCAGAAAUUACUCUCUAGCUCUCAAGCCAUCAGUUGUAAUUCCAAGAUGGUGUUCACAGGACAUCCCCUGACAAAGAAGGCUCUCUGGUCACAGCCAUGGAAGGGAUGGUACAGGAGACGUUGAAUUUCCAUAUGUUUCUUCUUUGUCUCACACAAUAUUUUGUAAUUUAUUAUUCUUCCUCUCUUUCUCCCUUAUUCUUCAAGGCAUACGUAUUAUUUUUUGUGCGGUUAUGGUUUAUCAAGGUUUAAAGUAACUAAUCAUGGCCCAGUUGAGCACCUUUUCAAGGGCUGUUUUUACAAGGGUAAAGGCCUUAUAAAAGCAAGUUUAUUGAACGUGGCAACAUAUGUCACAGUUCUUUCUCUAUUUUCUUUUAAGCUUGAGCAAACAUUCUGUAGUCUUUUGUUUUACUGUUUAAGUUCACAGUUAAAGCAAACUUUUGUUUAAACUAUCCCAUAUUUAUGUCUGUUUUAAUUUGAAAAAAAAACCUCAUUUUUAACAACAUUUUAUUUCCAUAAACAGGUGAACAUACAAUAGGUAACUCCAGUAAGUCAAGCAAACCCCAAAAACCAGGAAAAUCAAGGGUAGGUACAAGAGUGUAAAAUUAAUGUUGUGGCUCAAUUUUAUCCUUGUGUAAAUAUUCUUUCCCUUUGUUUUGGGGUAUGGUAAUGUAUGAUAUUGAGUUUGAAACAAAAGAAAAUAAAAUUUAAACCAAGGAUAAAAUUUAACCACAACAUAGACAUAUAUCUCUCAUGACCUCUGGGUACCCUGCAUAAUUAUGCUGGAACUUUAGAAGGAAUUUUAGAUAGGCACUAGGGAAUAUUGGAUUUUUUUCAAGGUGCUGUAGAGAAAUUGAGUUUUUGUUUAUUGGCUCAGCAUAAUGGCAGACUAGCCACUUAUUAAAAAUAGAAUAGAUGCUUGGCACUAAAUUUUUAACAGUUACAUUACUUAAAACUUAAACAUUAAUAAUCAUUGAUAAUUGAUAAUUUUUGAAUAAUUAUUAAUGAUUUUUUAUUAAUGAAUAUUAAUAAAUUUUAAUCAUGUUAUUUAUGUCAGUUAGGUUCGACUUGUUGGCCUUGCUAACCAAUCUUACAUCUGUUCAUAGCCUACAGAUUUCAACUCUGCCAGUACUCCAUCAAAGCUUAGCAGUAUAUUCAGUAAGGAUUACGAAGCAAACAGUGAUGAUGAUGAUGAUGAAUUACCUUGGUGCUGUAUAUGUAAUGGAAAUGCUGUACUGAGAUGCCAUGGUUGUGAUGAUGACUUGUAUUGUCGAAGAUGCUAUAAGUAAGACAUAUUUGUUUUCUGUAUGAUUGCUUCUGUGCAUACAUCAAUUUAUUCUUUUCCCUUUUAUUGAUAAUUUAAAUUUGAUUGUUGUUUUCCUUGUAGGGAGGGUCACAGUCGUGAAGAUUACGAAGACCAUGAUAUAUCAGAGUACAGGCCUCCAAGAAAGAAAAGAUGACAUUAUUAAUCAUCUAUGCAUCAAUUUUAGAGCUUUAAUGCAAAGAUGGAAUACUUGUUUUGUCUAUAUCUCUGGUAGUUCCUUCUGAUUCCAUAAUCAAAUGAUAAUUAUUUAUAAUAUUUAAUUAUUAAUGUUUUAAGUGGUGACUGGUCUUCAGUUGGAAUCAGAAACUUUUGCAAAUCA